GCGAGUCUCAUCACACAAUGUCCAUUGAGAAGAUGAAAGGUCUCCAACUGAAUGAAGAGUUCCAAAAACCAGAAACCAAAGAAAUCAAUGGAAUACUCAUGACCAAAAUGAUAAGUGAUAAUUGGGACAAAAUUUGGAACUUCCAAGCCAAGCCUGAUGAUCUGCUCAUUGCAACAUAUGCAAAAGCAGGUACAACCUGGAUACAAGAGAUUGUGGAUAUGAUCCAAAAUGAUGGGGAUGUAAAGAAGUGCCAACGAGCUAACACCUUUUAUAGGCAUCCUUUUAUUGAGUGGACUCUACCUCCACCUCUCCACUCUGGUCUGGAUCUAGCUAUUAAAAUGCCUUCUCCAAGGACACUGAAAACACAUCUACCUGUCCAAAUGUUACCACCAUCCUUCUGGGAACAAAACUCAAAGAUAAUCUAUGUGGCAAGAAAUGCAAAAGAUUGCCUGAUAUCUUAUUACCAUUUCUCAAGAAUGAAUAAAAUGGUACCUGACCCUGGUACCUUGGAAGAAUACAUUGAGGAAUUCAUGAAUGGGAGAGUGCUUUGGGGUUCCUGGUAUGAUCAUGUGAAAGGAUGGUGGGAUGCAAAAGAAAAGCACCCCAUUCUUUAUCUGUUCUAUGAAGACAUGAAAGAGAACCCAAAGCGGGAAAUCCAGAAGAUUUUAAAGUUCCUGGAGAAGGACUUAUCAGAGGAAAUCCUCAAUAAGAUCAUCUAUCACACAUCUUUUGAUAUCAUGAAGCAAAACCUACUGGCAAACUAUACUACCCUGCCUUCAAGCAUAAUGGAUCACUCCAUUUCACCAUUCAUGAGGAAAGGAAUGCCAGGGGACUGGAAGAACCAUUUUACUGUUGCCCAGAAUGAGAAAUUUGAUGAAGACUACAAGAAGAAGAUGGCAGGGUCCACUUUGACUUUUCGCACAGAGAUAUAAGGAAGGAAAUGAUGGUAGCUCACCUAAAAAUUUUCCCUGGAUUUUUCUCCCCAUUAAACCUCAUGGCCACAU